AUGGCGAACCUCGAGCCGGUGGAGAAGACCGCGGUCGUGUCGGACUCGACCGGCGCCGAUGCGGUGCCAGCAAUUCGGGCGCGGCCGACUCGCUCCAGUUCGGCGCAGCUCGCCUUGGAGCCCACCGCGCUCUUAAAUCGCCUCGAGACCAUGCUCCUCGGCAACCAACCCGUCCCCGCACCCUCCAACGAGGUCAGCAUCGUCGGCGAGGUCACCAACGGCAUCAUCAUCGCCGCGAAAGCUGCCGUAAACACGCUCUUUUCGUCGCAGCGGCGCGGCGCGCUGAUGGCUCUCCAGAUAAAGAACCUGAAGAAGGCUGCGCUGGCGUACCUUGUGUGGGACCUACGCGGCGAGCUGGCGGGCGCGCGACUCGAGCAGGCGGUCGUGUACGGCAAGCGGCUCGAGACGCACGCGAGCGGCGUGGACAAGGAGUUGGGCAAGUGCAAGCGGCGGCAGGCGGGCGCGGAGGCGCUUCUCGCUGUCGUUCCAGAAACGUUGCAGGACGUGCCCACGCCAGAGGAGCCCGCGGUCGAGGAGGAGCCGGCGGUCGAGGACCUGCCGGCCAGCGACUCCCGUCCCGACGACGCGUCUUCGGACAGCGAUCGGGAAAGCGUCUUCGAACGUCGGGUGACCCGUCGGAUGAUCGACGCCGGCCUGAACGAGGCGCAAUUCGAUGAUAUGCGGAACGUUUACGGGAUUCAGCUCGCCCACGAGGACAAGUGCCACGAGUGUGCCAAGCUGCAGGCUCGGGCAGUGAAACUGUAUGAUAUGCUCCUCCCGUACCUCGAGCGCGACUGGGUGCCACUGGAGGAGGCAUUCCAGCGGCUCGACCUUAUAGCUGCUCGGGAGCGCUCGGGUACCCUGGGUCGUGGGGCGGCAGAGGAGAAGGAGGCGGCGCGGCACGCCGAGGAGCUGCUGGCGGAGGCGCCGUCGGAGGUAGACGCAGCCGAGGCGGCGAAGAAGGCCGAGGAGGCGAGGAUCCUCCUGCUUCUCGAGACGCUCACCGAGGAAAGGAUGCGGCUCGGCAUCACGCCGGAGAGCCAGGCAGCGGCGUUGGCUGAGGAGAAGCGCGCGGCCACUGCCGCUGCGAGGGCCAAGGCGGCGGCCGCCAGGAUGGCGGUGGAGGCGGCUCAGCGCGCAUAG